UACUCCCAGUCUGGCCAACACACACAGGCUCGGCUGUUUGCAUAGCAAGAAUGGAUGCGAGUUAGCUACCUGGAGUCAGUUCUUCAUUGAUUACCAGAAGGACGCGGUGAGAUUGUUAAAUAUAUCACCAAGUAUCGCUCCAUACAUUUGGUUCUUUUUUCGGACUGUCGAAUAUACCCGUUCGUAGACAGCUAUGGGAGGACUGGGGAACGGACGCCGAGGAGGAAGAUCACCACCUCUAAUGAUUGCCGCUCUGAUCGCCUGUAUCUUGGUUCUGGGCUUCAACUACUGGGUGUCAAGUUCCCGCAACCUGGAGCUACAAACUAAGCUGUAUGAACUGGAGGGCCAGGUGCGACGUGGUGCAGCAGAGCGUGGAGCAGUAGAGUUGAAGAAGAAUGAGUUCCAGGGGGAGAUCCAGAGACAGAGGGAGCAGAUCAGCCACAUAGAAAAUGUCUACAAGAGACAACUGGAGGGGGCCCAGAGCACCUGCAUCCAAGAAAAGGCCACAUUGCAACAGAACAUUUCCUCCAGCACCAAGACCAUACAGGAACUCAAAGGUCAGCUGAAUCAGCUCAACGAUGAUUUGGGGAAGCUUCAGAAGGAGCUACAGAGUUGCCAAGGCAACAUCAACACUCUUAACAACAAACUCACUUAUGACAUGACCCAUUGUCACUCCCAGGUGCUGUCCCAGAAGGAGCUGUGUGAUGAAAGAGUGGCUGCCGCUAAACUUGAAUUUCAGAAGAAAAUGGAGAAGCUUGUCCCUCCUCCAGGUGUUUCCUCACAGCAGGAAAACGCAGUGGAUGGAGCAGUAAAAGACAGCAAACCAGUUAAAACUGUGCCUGAUGGAGUUCAACCAGCCACUGUUGUAAGCCACACACCAAGCCUCUCUGAGCUCAAAGGAAAUGAACCAUCUGAACUACUGACUAAUGAUAUCAUCGUGGAGAAAGUGGAACUGCCUCUAGAAAAGGAUCUCUCAAAAGCAGAGUCUGUUCCCCCGGCUGCUGCAGCUGAGCAGGACAUUUUGCCACAAGAGGGAGCCGUCAAAACAGAGGAGACGGAGGGAGCGACCAAUAAACUUCUAAAUGAUAAUCUGACUGAGGAUAAAGACAUGGAGGUGAUGGAUGCUCAUGAAGAGGGUGCUCAGACAGAAGAAACAGACCCUGGGAUGGAAGGCAUGCUGAUUGGUCAAGGCAAGGCAGAUGAAAAUCCUAAUGGUCAGAACAUUGAGGAACCAGAGGAGUACGACGGCGAUGAACAAGUAGUGGGUGGAGUCGAUUUGGAGAAACAACAACAGAACAAACAGGCUGAGAAUAUAGACAAGGACAUGGAGGAGGAGCUGGCUGACUAUAAUGGGGAUGAUGAGAAUGAAGGGGAGUUUGAAGCAGACAAACAAGCAGAACUUGCUCAAAUCUAAGGGCUGGACUUGGAGACAGAUCCUUCAUACCACAUUGGAAAACAAGAACUAUCUUACACAACAACAACAUACAGGUUAAUGCAACCUGAAAACAACACUGAACCCAAAUCAAAUGUCAAAUGGAAAUUUUUUGAUAUGAAAGACUUGCUGGGUGCUUAAUUUCAGCAUUUGCUCACUGGAAUGUAUUUAAUUUGUCUGUUCAAUUGGAAUUGAGAUUUUCUUAUCACCUACUAUUUAGUACUAGUAGAAAAUUGCAAGCACAGCUCAAGAUACUCAAGAACUGACACCAGUUGGAUUGAAAAAUUGAACCUCAUCAUGUCUGGAAAAUCAGUAGAUUUUACAGAUGUGUCGACAUGUGCUAUGCUCACUGCGUAAUGGCUGUGUGUUGAAUUACGUGCAGACCCUUAUAGGGUUAUGAGGUGUGAAAUACUACAACUAGCUUAAACAAUCUGAGUGAUUCCAGUGACAGAAUUGCUUCAUCAGAGACAGAGAGCUCUGCAGCACAAGCUUCCUCUCUCUCAGAGGUGUGACAGCAUCUUAAGUAAAGCCUUAAGUUCUCCUCGACAAAGUCUCUCAUAGAAAUGUUUUCCACUUCAAAUCAAUCUGUUCAUUUGAGAAUUUUCAUGACCACAGAAAUGCUGUAAUUUUUUGUGAUAUUGCUAGGUCCAGUUGUGUCCAGUUAUAUGAAAAAAGUAUAACAAGACACUUGCUUUGAAUUCCACAUUGCCAUAUAUGCUGUAAAAAGUAAAGCUGGCUUUAUAGACAUGCCACAUAACCAGGGACAAAUUCACCCUCUAAGAUUAUAUGCUGUCAGAUUUUAAACAUAUAUUGUUGCUGUAACUGGGCAUUUUUGAUUAAUGUCCUAUCAUUUUUGAAGAGUCACUGAUGAGUUGCUUUGGCAUUUUAGUGGCAGUAAUUCUUUCAUUCUGAGCUGUAUGUCAGAUCACAAAGAGUCACAAGGUUGUAUGCGUUCAGCAUUCUACAUUUAGGAUCAGUAAGGCAGGAAAAUAGUUUCAAAUUAUUUCAGAAGGAACAGAAACCAUUCGUAGAUCAGCAGUCUUAGUAUUCGUAGUAUUUUGACGCAUGCCUUAUCAGUUCUGCACACUCCAUUUUCCCUUGACGGUCAGGUGUUUCUCACAGUGGAGGUAAGAUGGUGAGCCAUGGUACAUGUCUACAGUUACUCGACCUACUCGGUUUGUGAUCUCAUUUUGUGAAUACCGUUUCUGGUCUGCUGAACAAAAUGGACUAUUUUGAUCAGAAUGUGGGAGUGGGUUUCUGAGAAUUGCUGUGACAUUAUGAAGGACAUUUCCUUGAAGCAGGAACAAUCUGCUGUGCUUCACGGCUACUGCAAGGCAGUUAGUGUGAACUGUUCAGUAGUUGUGCUAAAACGUGUUUGAGUUGUCAAAUCUGCACUAAACUGGAAUUUAUUGGGGAGAGUGCAAAAGUUAGCUAAACUUAGGAAUCAGAAAUAAGUCAAAGUUAGUAGAAGUUUGUGGCGGGGGUUUUGUUGCCUUGUGUUUUUAUACAGGACAGAAGAUUUAUUUUGUAAUCCAGGAAUUUUGCUCUAUGUAGAAGUGGUGAAUUUGACUGUGCACCCACACACAUUCACUACGCUGUCGUUGACAUCGCUGUAAUUUCCAUAAUGCGUUGGUUAUCAUCAUAGUCCAUUCCAGAAGUCCUGCAUCAUAUGUUAGGGAGUUAUCAUCCUCGACUCCUGUUAUUUGCCUAUCUGAAAUGAGUGGUAGGUGAUUACAAUACAAUGCCUGUGUUCUGCUCUAUCAAACGUCUCUCUUUAAUCUAGCCAGGCAUGUGGAAGGGAACUAAAAUUGGAUUAUUGAAAAUUCUACUCAACAUUUCAUUCUUUCAAGCUAAGGUUGAAGUUCUUCAGUGUCAAAUCUUGUGGUUUCAUGUGCAAUUCUUCUUUUAAAUGUAGUGUUUCUCUUUAGGUGCAGUCACAAAGACAACUUGGCUUCCAGUUACUAAAAGUAUACGUCAGCCUCUGUUAAAGACAGAAUAUCUAUGGGACAUUGUGCAUCCGGCUUAUUCUUACUCAACUAUUUAAGCGAAAUGUCAUUUAUACAUUGAAUUUCCACUUAAUAGUCCACUCACUUACUUUUAUGUUUUCUGUAAAAUCAGUGAGUUGUCUUUUUUUUUUUCAAUUGCUGAGAACUUGACUGGGAUUACAACAUGUUCUAUGUUUUUAUAAAAUGCUUGACCACA